GUGGACCACGCGGCAGUCAUCGUGUCCACGACACCCGCAUACGCCUACGAAAAGACAGUCCACUCUCCGAAUCCCAAGGCCCACGUGGAAGAGCAGCACUUUUACAAGCCGGGUGUCGUGCACAAGCACGAAUUCGUCGGGCCACACGGACACGUCGAGAAGACCUACGCUGAAGCUGGAGUCAGUGUGAAGAAGACCAUUGUCGACGAGCAUCCCACCAGAAUCUCCGAAACCUCGUACCACGAGAAACACGGUCAACACGCUCAAUUCGUUCAGGAGACACUCAUUGACCCGAGACCCGUCGUCACUGUCGAAAAACAAGUCCAUCCUCUGCCUGUCGUCGAGGAACAUUAUGAACACGCACCAGUUGUUCAGGUCCACAAGCCCGCUGUCACAGUACACAAGAAAAUUCAUCACGCUGGAAUCCCCGUUAUUCAGGCCUACGUUGAACCACAAAUCGUCAAGGUAAAUCGGAAUUUCGAGAAGUUCUUC